AGGCAAACCAAUGUCAGAGCGUAAAGUGAUCAACAAGUACUAUCCACCAGACUUUGAUCCCUCAAAGAUCAUCAAGAAGAGGAAGAAGGUGAAAACCGGCUCUGCAAGCCUGCCGACGGUACGGUUCAUGACACCGUACUCUUUGAGAUGCGAUAACUGUGGUGAAUACACUUCAAAGGCGAGGAAGUUCAAUGCGCGUAAGGAGAACACAGAGGAGACGUACCUUGGGCUGAAGACAGUCAAACUGCACAUCAAGUGUCCCAGAUGUGCCAGUGAAAUAAUCUUCCAAACUGACCCGAAGAGUGCUGAUUAUGUCUUGAUCUUUGGAGCAAAGAAGCUGUAUGACUCUGGCAAUACAAACCAGAAACUACAAGACGAGACCCUCGAGGAGACAUUGUCAAGGCUGGAGAAGGAGGAGCAAGAGGAGGCAAAGCUGAAAGAGGGCAAGACUGGUAAUAAGACGACGACAGUGGAGGAACUCGAAGCCAAGUUGAAUGCACUACGAAGAGAACAGGAGAUGAACGAGGAAUUGGAUGAGAUCCAACAGAAGAAUGUUAGGUUACAGGAGAAGUCUCAGACCAUCGUGAAGAGCCAGAAGGAGCAACAGUUGGCCAAACAGAAAAUGCAGGAAGAAGAAGAUGAGAAGAUCGCACAGGACGCAUUUUCAUCUAAACGUCAGACGGAGCUGAUGAAUAUCUACAAGAGUUCCGAUGACGAAUCCAAUGAUGACUCCAGUGAUGAAUCUGAUUAUGAUCAGCCUAUAAAUAACCUCAUCAAGAGACCUACUUCUAAAGUGGUUUUAAAGAGAAAGGUAAACACUCUGGGCGUGUCAACCAAGAGAAGGAAGUAGGCAUAGGUGGUCAAUUCAAAUGACACCAUUCUCUUCCAUGAUCCACUUGGUAAUGACAGAGGCUCGGUUCAAUCCACAUUCCUAGAAGAGCUGCCACUACAAUACCACCGGAAUCGCUCAAAGAAGUUGCACCGAGAGAGAACUCACGCUCAUCAUCAGAUAUUGUUUCAAGUACAAGCAUGAACGUAUUCACAUACGACGCACCUCCCAAUAAUCCUUCAUAAAACACGAUCAUCAUAAUGAUGUAGAUGUUUGGAAUGAAAUAAAGAAUUGAUUGCAACAGUAGCACCACCACAUUC